AGGGAGCGGGCUUGAUUUUUGUGAAUGAAAUGCUCUCUGGAUGUGUCUCAGUCGCGGGUUCCUGGCUUCCUCUGCCUACAUCUCCCUUUCGGCCUCUCUCUGGCCGUUUCUGGUUCUCUCCUUGCUCCCUGCCCAUCUCCCGUUGCUGGGUGACUCAGUACAUGGUUCGGGUCCGAGCUGUGGUGAUGGCCCGAGAUGACUCCAGUGGGGGCUGGCUGCCUGUGGGGGGCGGGGGCCUCAGCCAGGUGAGCGUAUGUCGGGUCCGAGGGGCCAGGCCCGAGGGGGGGACCCGCCAGGGGCACUACGUCAUCCACGGGGAGCGCCUCCGGGACCAGAAAACUACGCUGGAGUGUACCCUGCGGCCAGGCUUGGUUUACAACAAGGUGAACCCCAUCUUCCACCACUGGAGCCUGGGCGAUUGCAAGUUUGGGCUGACGUUUCAGAGUCCCGCAGAGGCUGAUGAGUUCCAGAAGAGCCUGCUGGCUGCUCUGGCCGCCCUGGGUCGAGGCUCACUCACCCCCUCCUCCUGCUCCUCCUCCUCCUCCUCUUCCCCUUCCCAGGACACUGCAGAGACCCCCUGCCCUCUGACGUCCCAUGUGGACAGCGACUCCUCCUCCAGCCACAGCCGCCAGGAGACGCCUCCCACCGCCUCAGCAGUAGCCCCCAUCAUCACCGUGGAGUCUGCGGCUGGCUUCGGGCAGGCCACACCCCCCCAGCGCAGGUCCUCUGCCCAGAGCUACCCUCCGCUCCUGCCUUUCACGGGCAUCCCUGAGGCCUCAGAGCCCCUGGCUGGGGCAGGGGGCCCGGGCUGGGGCGGCCGCGGCUAUGAGGAUUACCGGCGCACCGGGCCGCCCGCCCCCCUCGCUCUGUCCACCUGCGUGGUGCGCUUCGCCAAGGCUGGCACAUUGAGGGGCGCAGCCCUGGGGCCGCCUGCGGCACUACCCACCCCUCUCGCAGAGGCUGCACCCCCAGCGCCCCCAGCUCGCCCACCCCCAGGCCCAGCCCCAGAGCUGGCCAAGGCCUCUCCCGAGGCGGAGGAGGCUGCCCGCUGCGUGCACUGCCGCGCGCUCUUCCGCCGCCGCGCUGACGGUCGCGGGGGCCGCUGCACCGAGGCCCCGGACCCGGGUCGCCUGCUGGUGCGCCGGCUCAGCUGCCUGUGGUGCGCAGAGAGCUUGCUCUACCACUGCCUGUCGGACGCCGAGGGCGACUUCUCGGACCCUUGCGCCUGUGAGCCUGGCCACCCACGACCCGCCGCGCGCUGGGCAGCGCUGGCUGCCCUCUCCCUGGCCGUGCCCUGCCUCUGCUGCUAUGCGCCCCUGCGAGCAUGCCACUGGGUCGCAGCUCGCUGCGGUUGUGCCGGCUGUGGGGGUCGCCAUGAGGAGGCCGCACGGUGAGGACCGCCUGGCGGAUCCUGUAGCCAGUCGGAGGACCCAAGAUGGAGGGUCCAGGACCCCUGACUUCAUUCGGACCCCAAACCCAAACCUAGGCACACUGGAACUUGGAGCUUGAGUUUGGAUUAAGAGACCCCAGAUCUGGACCCUGGACCCCAAAUCUAGGUCUGACAGACCCUAGACAAGCUUCACUGGGUGCCUGUCCAAGAGGUCCCAGCAUCCUGAGUUCUGGCAACGUCCCCUGCCUUCCCCCACUGCUCUCCACCAUGAUCUAGACUGAGAGACUGCCGGGGUCCCCAGACUCUGCCUGAAGCAGGCCAGGGAACCUUUGAUGUCUGAGACCCAGCGCAGUGAGUCCUGACCCCCUGUUUAGGUGACUUUCUUAGACCUGGUCAUAUCUGGCACCACAACCCUUCAGAUUUCAGCCCCAGAAUUAGAACUUGCCAAUACCUGACUCAAUCUGUAAACAAGAGACCACAGGUCCCAGAAUCACCCCCAGUUGGCCCGAGUGCUCAUCUAAACCUGGGGAACCCAUCUCUCACGUGUUCUCCAGAGACAUCACACACUCUCAAAAUGCCCCAGGUCCUGUCUGCUCAAGCAGGUGUUCCUUGACCAAAUGAUGGGAGACCCAGCUCAGCCCCUGCCCCAGCCAGAUGUCAGACCCCAAGAUCUGAGAACUAGGGAUCAAACGCUGCUGUAGGCUCACUUGCCACGAGCCAGUGUGCCCAGGAGCUUUGGAUCUCACAUAUAGGACUCUGAGGUGCCUAGUGUCUCCAGAUGCUGGACUGGAGGCCUGUACAGGGCUCCAAACACUGGCCACAAGUCCUCUUCCGGUCCCCUUUGGACUUGAAUUUCAAGUCCCAGAGCAUUCUGAAAUCUUUGGCUUCUUUGUAUCAACCAGUCCCCAAUCCUGGGCCCAGAUGAUGACUGCUCCUCGUAACUCAGACCUCCGACUCCUUGCUUCCGGGCCCCUCAGUGACCCCAAGGUGCGUCAGGAGCACUGGAUCCAAGACCCCAAUGUGCCCUGUUGCCCAAAAUUCAGGGCUCAGGCCUACAUGAUACUGGGAUUCCCAUGAUCCAAGACCUUGGUCCCUCUAUGCCAAGAAACAGAUUUGAGAUAUCCCAGGACCCCCAGCACCUUCAGAUCCCAGAUUUCCUAAGACUUGAACCUCUCUAGUCUGAUAGUCCUCAGGCCCAACUUGUGUAUCCCCUGAGACCUGCUGCUCCUGGAUCCUGCCAAUCACAAAGACCCCAGAGUCAUAGGCUGAAAAGGUGGUUCCAAGGGCCAGCAUUUUGCAGAACUACACCUUUCCCCAAGCAGGAGGAGAGUCCCUUUGGGGCUCAUAUGAGUUCCUGGAUCCCAGGGCCAUCAGCGAGUUCUUCCAUCCAGGUCUUGUAACCCAGGGUUGUGGCGGGCAGCUGGGCGGGCUGGUCACUAGGCGAGCACUCAGCUGAAGUGGGUGCAGCUGCAACUCCCCCCCACCCUGCUGGCCACAAUGUGCCCUCAGAGGAAUGUGUGUUUGUGAGGUGUCUGUGGGGGUUCACUGGGUCUGCUGGUGCGCCGAUCCACAGAGCAACCCCCAGCCUUGCAGAGUCUGUUAGCCCUUCUCUUCCAGCUCAGAGUUGAGGUUUACUUGGGGAAGUUUGAGACCCUUCUGAGGAAGGGAGGUGGCACGAUCUCUUCAUCUCAGGUGGAAUGGGGCUCCCAGGGUAUCUCAUAUCUGAUGGCCUAAUCCGGGAAGGGGCAGGGAGGAUUCGAGGUCUUGGAGCAAGACACUCCCAGUGUUACAGAGGCUUGGGACCUACAUCUAGUCUCCAGCACCUGGAAAUGUGCACUUAACUACCCUGCUUUGGAUGGCCCUGUGGGGUUGAAUGGCUAGAUUGGGGGGGCCAGAGGAAUAGAUUAUUUUGUCACUUCUUUUAAAUUAUUAACUAUUUAUUACAUCCGGAACCUGUGAGAUUCAGCUCCCCCAAACAGACCCGGGGGUGGGUAGAGAUGGGGGUGUCCCUCCCAUCCCCACUCUGCCCGUCUCAUCACUGUCAGACCCACCAGAGCUGAGGGUGGAGGGACUGGGGGCUGGGGUAGCCUGGGUCCCCACCCCCCUCUCUGUGCCUCUGUCUCCUCCCUUCCGUGGUGGGCGGGGGAGGGGGGAAGCUCCAUUCUUAACCUACCUCGUUUUGGGGAGGGGUGGGAUGGGGGACCAGAGUGCUGUUAGGUGCUGUGGGAUCUGCGGAUGAAGUGGUGGGGGCUUGGGGAAGGUUCCCUGGCCCCCACCUCCCAGCACCACCUCUCCCAGGUCCCCCAGUCCUGCUCCCAGCUGAUACCCACCUCAGAUCCAUGAUUACUCUUCAUCACCCCAAAAUCAGGGGUGCAUGGAGGGCUGACCCUGGGAGCCAGGAAGACCUCAGACCCUGGUGUUCCCAGGCCCAAUUUUCCACUGCUUGCCCCUCAGAUCAGAUGCUUGGCCCCAUACUUGGGGGAGGCACCCUGACACUUCCUGAUCUUGAUACCAAGCCAGUCUGUGACCUCAACAUUGUUAUUGUCAGUACUGGCUGAAAUGAUGGGGGCCAAAGACCCAGCCCUUGUCAUCCUGGGGAGGGGGCAUGAGAGAUCCACUCCAAGAAAUGUCUGUGACAAAGUCUCAGUCUGUGUCCUUUGUUUGCUUUGAUGCGCUCC